AAUAGUGAAUGGGAGUUAAUUGGGCGUCGAUCAAAAACGCAACAUUUGCAAGAAUUUCGUGAACAAGGAAGUACAGCAUUACAAAUAUUUUCCACGAUAUCAGAUAGCUUUGGAAUAGUGUUGUUUAGAGGGAAAAUAGCCAGGUUUCUCGAUUCAAAGCCUGACUUUUAGUUUAGCAACCGCGUGACGUGAACGCGAUUGGUCGACAGUCUGACAUUUCUCCAUUCACUGCCCAAUGGGAUUCCUUUAUCAUCGUCUCUCUAAUAUCUCUUACUGCACUGGCUUUGGUUGAGUUGUUUUCGGAUCGCCAUGCGCUGCAUGCCGGGAUACACCUCCGUGUUGACACAAAAUGGUCGGGUAUGUUUUGUGACCCGGGAGUUUAGCAGGCCAAAAAGUUGUACCUUAUCAUUCGGCCCGCAGAACAUCUGUUCGAAUCGUAAAUAGUAGGUGAGUGCAUAAGAUAUGAGAGCAAGACUGUCGAAGGAAACCUGAUUCUGCCACAGACAGACACACAGUCCGCCCUGCAUGACUGGGACAGCACUCACAGACCGUUGCCUACAUCAGAGGACGUGAAAACAAGCCGAAUGAAGAGAGCGGCUGCAAAGCAUCUAAUUGAGCGCUACUUUGGCCAGUUAACAAAGGGCUGUGGAAAUGGGGCCUGCACGAAUGAGUUCUGUGCUUCGUGUCUUGGUUUUCAACCGCUGGAUCACAACGCAGCGGCCAUCAGAGCCCUGGAGCUCUAUAAAAUUAACACCAAACUGUGUGACCUUCACCCCUCCGCUGCCUUCCCUGACAACAACAGUGCCGAGGACACACAACCUGCCUUAUUGGGCGACUGCCACGGGAAGAUGACAGACAACCUGUUUCCCCCUAGGGAGGACUUCAGAGAGGUGCGUUACCUGACCGAGGAGAAGGUGUAUGAGAUCCUGAGUAUCUGUGAGGGGAAGAAGGACUACUCUCCUCUGAUCCGAGUCAUCGGGAGGAUCUUCUCCAGCGCUGACGGGCUGGUGCAGAGCUUCAGGAAAGACGAGGAGCAGCACCCCAACACCGAGGAGCAGCACCCCAACACCGAGGAGCAGCACCCCAACACCGAGGAGCAGCACCCCAACACCGAGGAGCAGCACCCCAACACCGAGGAGCAGCACCCCAACACCGAGGAGCAGCACCCCAACACCGAGGAGCAGCACCCCAACACCGAGGAGCAGCACCCCAACACCGAGGAGCAGCACCCCAACACCGAGGAGCAGCACCCCAACACCAAGGAGCAACGUAAGACCCACCAGGCCAAAGAUGAGGACAAGGACGAGGACGACAAGGAGAGAACCACCGCCAUGGAGCAGGAAUCAGAGGCCUCGGUGUCCAUGGAGGGAGCGACGGGAUCGACGGAGAACAGACUGGGUCCUGUGGAGGUCUCAGUGGACAUAGAAGCUGUGAGGAGAGUGUACAACAGACUCCUCUCCAACGAGAAGAUGGAAUCGGCCUUCCUCAACGCCCUAGUCUACCUAACUCCCAACGUAGAGCUGGAUCUAACCUAUCUAGACGUGUACGACACCAACCCAGACUACCUGAACAUCUUCAUCAUCGUGAUGGAGAACAGCAGCCUCCACAGCCCAGAGUACCUGGAGAUGGCCAUGCCUCUGUUCUGUAAGUGUAUGAGUAAACUCCCUCUGCCUGCCCUGGCCAAGCUGACGCGCCUGUGGUCUCGGUACAGUGUAGAGCACAUCAGACGUAUGAUGGAGACCUUUCAGCAGCUCAUCACCUACACGGUGAUCAGCAACGAAUACGUCAGCGAAAGUCUGGUAAACGACGACGAGGGCGUUGUGGCGGCAACCAAGUGUCUGAAGGUAUGCCUCAGUGUUCUCUUUCAUGGUUCUUGCAAAUUCAAUCAGGAGGAGGAGCCCCCGUCCAGCGAGCUCACCCUGCAGGAGCUCUUGGGGGAGGAGAGGAGGAACAAGAACGGUCCCCGGGUCGAUCCUCUGGAGAAGGAGCUGGGCGUCAGGACCCUGGACUGCAGACGACCCCUCAUCCCCUUCGAGGAGUUUGUCAACGAGCCUCUGAACGAUGUUCUAGAGAUGGACAAGGACUUCACCUUCUUCAAGGUGGACUCGGAGAGUAAGUUCUCCUUCCAGAGCUGUCCCUUCAUCCUCAACGCCUGCACCAAGAGCCUGGGACUGUACUACGACAACCGCAUCAGCAUGUACAGCGAGAGGAGGAUCACAGCGCUCUACAGUCUGGUACAAGGACAGCAGCUCAACCCAUACCUCAGGCUCAAAGUACGACGAGACCACAUCAUCGACGACGCCCUCGUCAGGUUGGAGAUGAUCGCCAUGGAGAACCCAGCGGACCUGAGGAAGCAGCUGUUUGUAGAGUUUGAAGGAGAGCAGGGCGUUGACGAGGGAGGGGUCUCUAAAGAGUUCUUCCAGCUCGUCCUGGAGGAGAUGUUCAACCCUGAUAUUGGCAUGUUUACAUAUGACGAGUCCACCAAGCUGUUCUGGUUCAACCCACCCUCUCUGGAGAACGAGGCCCAGUUCACCCUGAUAGGCAUCGUCUUGGGCCUGGCCAUCUACAACAACUGUAUCCUGGAUGUUCACUUUCCCAUGGUGGUCUACAGGAAACUGAUGGGGAAGAAAGGCACCUAUCUGGACCUGGCAGACUCACAUCCGGUUCAGUACCAGAGUCUGAAGGAGCUGCUGGACUAUGAGGGGGAUGUGGAGGAGGACAUGAUGAUCACCUUCCAGAUCUCACAGACUGACCUGUUUGGAGACCCCAUCACUUAUGACCUGAAGGAAAACGGGGACAAGAUACCUGUUAAUGCGGACAAUAGAAAGGAGUUCGUCUCUCUGUAUAGCGAUUACCUACUUAAUAAGAGUGUGGAGCGCCAGUUCAAAGCCUUCAGGAGGGGCUUCCAGAUGGUCACCAACGAGUCGCCUCUCAAGUGUUUAUUUAGACCUGAGGAAGUGGAGCUACUGAUCUGUGGAAGCAGGAAUUUAGACUUUCACGCACUUGAAGAAACAACAGAGUAUGACGGAGGCUACAACAAAGACUGUCGCAUUAUCAAAGACUUCUGGGAGACGGUGCAUUCGUUUGGUGAGGAGGAUAAGAGACUGUUCCUCCAGUUUACUACGGGGACUGACAGAGCACCCGUAGGAGGCCUGGGCAAGUUAAAGAUGAUCAUCGCCAAGAACGGCCCCGACACAGACAGGUUACCUACUUCUCACACGUGUUUUAAUGCCUUGCUGCUCCCUGAAUACGACACAAAGGAGAAGCUGAAGGAGAGACUUCUCAAAGCCGUCACUUAUGCCAAAGGAUUUGGAAUGCUGUGAAACAAAACAACUACUCUGAACAUAAAACAUAAAGUUAAAUGGUUUAAAUGUGUUAAUGGAUAAGGAAGGAGUUCUACCAUACAAUGAGACAUGAGUUCAAAUUAAAAAGUGGCAGCGUAGCCUAGUGGUUAGAGCGUUGGACUAGUAACCGGAAGGUUGCGAGUUCAAACCCCCGAGCUGACAAGGUACAAAUCUGUCGUUCUGCCCCUGAACAGGCAGUUAACCCACUGUUCCCAGGCCGUCAUUGAAAAUAAGAAUUUGUUCUUAACUGACUUGCCUGGUUAAAUAAAGGUAAAACAAAUAAAUAAAUAGUGUGUGCCAAGAUAUCAAUUAGACAGACGCUUUGAUCUACCCCCCCUCAGAUCUCUUUAAUGUAGAACCUAAUUUGUAGCUUUUUCAAAUAGUUUAAAUCAGUCAGAAUGCUUAGUGAAGCUCGGUUCUUCUACAUGUGUUUAUUAAAGAUGGUUGCCGUGUAAAAACAUCCAGUCUGAAGCAGGUUAUCAUUGUCUCUGAUUGUUGUGAAAGUGCACUUAACUGAACUUUCAGAAUGUUAGUGCUGUGUGUUAGUGAAUGGUAUGUUAGUGAAUGGUAUGUACAGGACUGUGUGUUAGUGAAUGGUAUGUUAGUGAAUGGUAUGUACAGGACUGUGUGUUAGUGAAUGGUAUGUACAGGACUGUGUGUUAGUGAAUGGUAUGUUAGUGAAUGGUAUGUACAGGACUGUAUGUUAGUGAAUGGUAUGUACAGGACUGUAUGUUAGUGAAUGGUAUGUACAGGACUGUAUGUUAGUGAAUGGUAUGUACAGGACUGUAUGUUAGUGAAUGGUAUGUACAGGACUGUAUGUUAGUGAAUGGUAUGUUAGUGAAUGGUAUGUACAGGACUGUAUGUUAGUGAAUGGUAUGUACAGGACUGUAUGUUAGUGAAUGGUAUGUACAGGACUGUAUGUUAGUGAAUGGUAUGUACAGGACUGUAUGUUAGUGAAUGGUAUGUACAGGACUGUAUGUUAGUGAAUGGUAUGUACAGGACUGUAUGUUAGUGAAUGGUAUGUACAGGACUGUAUGUUAGUGAAUGGUAUGUACAGGACUGUGUGUUAGUGAAUGGUAUGUACAGGACUGUGUGUUAGUGAAUGGUAUGUACAGGACUGUGUGUUAGUGAAUGGUAUGUACAGGACUGUGUGUUAGUGAAUGGUAUGUACAGGACUGUAUGUUAGUGAAUGGUAUGUACAGGACUGUAUGUUAGUGAAUGGUAUGUACAGGACUGUAUGUUAGUGAAUGGUAUGUACAGGACUGUAUGUUAGUGAAUGGUAUGUACAGGACUGUAUGUUAGUGAAUGGUAUGUACAGGACUGUAUGUUAGUGAAUGGUAUGUUAGUGAAUGGUAUGUUAGUGAAUGGUAUGUUAGUGAAUGGUAUGUUAGUGAAUGGAAUGUACAGGACUGUAUGUUAGUGAAUGGUAUGUUAGUGAAUGGUAUGUACAGGACUGUAUGUUAGUGAAUGGUAUGUACAGGACUGUGUGUUAGUGAAUGGUAUGUUAGUGAAUGGUAUGUACAGGACUGUAUGUUAGUGAAUGGUAUGUACAGGACUGUAUGUUAGUGAAUGGUAUGUUAGUGAAUGGUAUGUACAGGACUGUAUGUUAGUGAAUGGUAUGUACAGGACUGUAUGUUAGUGAAUGGUAUGUACAGGACUGUAUGUUAGUGAAUGGUAUGUACAGGACUGUAUGUUAGUGAAUGGUAUGUACAGGACUGUAUGUUAGUGAAUGGUAUGUACAGGACUGUAUGUUAGUGAAUGGUAUGUACAGGACUGUGUGUUAGUGAAUGGUAUGUACAGGACUGUAUGUUAGUGAAUGGUAUGUACAGGACUGUAUGUUAGUGAAUGGUAUGUACAGGACUGUAUGUUAGUGAAUGGUAUGUACAGGACUGUAUGUUAGUGAAUGGUAUGUACAGGACUGUAUGUUAGUGAAUGGUAUGUACAGGACUGUAUGUUAGUGAAUGGUAUGUACAGGACUGUGUGUUAGUGAAUGGUAUGUACAGGACUGUAUGUUAGUGAAUGGUAUGUACAGGACUGUAUGUUAGUGAAUGGUAUGUACAGGACUGUAUGUUAGUGAAUGGUAUGUACAGGACUGUAUGUUAGUGAAUGGUAUGUACAGGACUGUAUGUUAGUGAAUGGUAUGUUAGUGAAUGGUAUGUACAGGACUGUAUGUUAGUGAAUGGUAUGUACAGGACUGUAUGUUAGUGAAUGGUAUGUUAGUGAAUGGUAUGUACAGGACUGUAUGUUAGUGAAUGGUAUGUACAGGACUGUAUGUUAGUGAAUGGUAUGUACAGGACUGUAUGUUAGUGAAUGGUAUGUACAGGACUGUAUGUUAGUGAAUGGUAUGUACAGGACUGUAUGUUAGUGAAUGGUAUGUACAGGACUGUAUGUUAGUGAAUGGUAUGUACAGGACUGUAUGUAAGGGAACACCCCCCUGAAAUGGACAAAAAUGAAUGGGAACAUAUUGGCACCGUACGAAACAUACACACAAUGUCCAAUACCAUUCAAUUGGAUGUGGUUUCAUUCAAAGUUGAUUGCAAAUGCCAUGUGUAACACUGCAAAAAUCCAAUAGAUGGUGAGACAUUGGCGCCACUGUAAUUUUUCAUAUUGCAAAUGUAACACCCCCUUAAAGUGCUUUCUGGACCGUU